AUGGCGCGUGUCUGUCUGUCUGUCAAUAGUAUUAUCGCCUUAACAAAAAUUCGCCCCCAACGCCAGGAAAACGAUAGGCACACAAAGCGAAUACGUCGCACUUUAGACAGUGAAGAACAACGGCAUCAUCGUCAAGAGCGUGAUAAACUUGCACAAAGAAAUCGUAGAGCUACUGAAUCUGAAGAAUUACGCGAACAACGACUUGAAUGUGAUAGGUUAGCUCAAUGUGAACGGCACCAGAAACAACGACAAACGCAUCUUCUUUUAGGAAGAAGCUAUACCAAUGAGAGGAGUAUUACACCAUUUCGUCUUCAACCUCCAACGGUUUGUGAGUAUUGUAGAGCGAAAAAAAUUAUGUAUGAAUCUAGCGGUUUCUGUUACAACAAUGGAAAAGUAGUAUUAGCCGAUGUAGAAGCUCCUGCUACGCUGCAAGAUUUGUUUGUUAGGACGGAUGCAAUUGAACGUGAUUUUUGGCAUAAUAUUCGGGCUUAUAAUAAUCUUUUUGCGUUCACUUCUAUCGGUGUUCGAUUGAAUCAGCAGCUGGCCAAUGGUAAUUCGUUUUUAAAAAUUCGCAUACAUAUUCCUGAGACAGCUGGCGUUUACACUUUUCGUGUUCAAGGAGGAAUAUAUCAUGCGAUUGGGUCGCUUCAUCCUCAAAGCACACAACCUCUAAAAUAUAUGCAACUUUACAUAGAACAUGAAGUAGAUAACCGUUUGAAUAAAAUGCCUAAUCUUCGUUGUGAUACGAUUGAAUCAAUAAGGAAUGUACUUAACGAAGUCAAUCCUUUUGUUGAAAACUUCUGGCACCUUUCUACUAUCGAGACCGUGUCAAAUUUGCAGUUGAUUAUUAAAGCUGAUCACGGAUUAGAUCAACGAGUAUAUAAUAGACCUACAACAUUAGAAGUUAGUUCAGAUUCAUCGUCACAAAACCGGCAAAAUAUCGAUGAAAUAACCCAAUUUGUAGAAGCAUUCACUUUGUUUGAAAUUAAUCCUGCAAUAACUCGCCUUCAGCUUCAUUUACCUAAAAAGCAUAUAAUAACCUAUCAUGAAACGACUGCUUUGGCUGAGAUUAUAUCUGAUGAAAAUAAUGAAAAGACCAUGUUGACCGAAUAUUUUCACCUAAAUGUAAUCGACCCAGAUGUGCUAUAUACUGCGCAUCCAAUCGAAGAAGAGAGAUUUUUUCUUCGUUUACUUUUGCAUCAUAUACGUGGAGCAACUUCUUUCAACAAUCUCAAAUUCGUUGAUGGUUAUCAAUGUGAUACCUUUAAAGAAAGUGAACAACGUCGUGGUCUUCUAGAAGAUGAUAGAUCGUUGCAUGAAUACCUUUGGAAUGAGAAUUUUAGUUUUAUGUCUGAAAACUUUACUAGAACUGGCAUACCAGAAGGACAACUACGCAUUAAUGCAGUACUUAAGCAUGUUAAUCGCUUCCUUCACCAGCAUGCUAAAGAUAUAAGUGAUUAUGACCUACCACAAAUCACUUUUGAUACUGGUAAUGACGAUUUAUCUGAAUUAAUUCAUGAAGAACUAAGCAUUUCAGUCCUACCCGAAGAUCUAGAAAAAAUUUCGACGCUGAAUGAAGCUCAAAAAACGUUUUCGAUACAGUAA